UGGUUCCAAAAUAUUUUUCAAAGUGUGUCCAAGGUUUUGAGAAAGAAAACUUUUAAUCCAUGAUGCUUGGGCCUCUUAUAUUUGGAGACUAUCCUGAUGAAAUGAAAAGAACCGUUGGAUCAAGACUACCAGUUUUCUCUUUGGAAGAAUCAGAACAAGUUAAAGGCUCAUCUGACUUCAUAGGAAUAAUUCACUACCUUGCGGCUUCUGUCACACGCAUUAACUUCAAACCUUCUCUUUCAGGACAUCCCGAUUUCUACUCAGACAUGGGCGCAUCUAUGACUUGUUGGAAUCAAAAACUAAUAUCUUUUAAAUCACAAACAAACACUUUGUUCUUAAAUCUCAAAUAUUUAUGUUUUUUUUUUGUGUGUGCGCUAAUCAUCUCUUCUUGGUUGUACUGCUGGGGAGGAACAGACCUUGGGAAUUUUUGGGCUUUCGAGUAUGUUGUUGCUCCAUGGGCUAUGGAAGUUGUCUUGGAGUAUUUAAAGCAGAGCUAUGGGAAUCCUCCUGUCUACAUUCUUGAGAAUGGUAGACCGCUGAAGCAAGACUGCAGCUGCAACAGGAGGAUACACCGAGGAUUGACUAUUUAUAUGUUUACAUUGGUGCUGUGCUUAAAUCCAUUAGGAAUGGAUCAGACACGAGAGGCUACUUUGUAUGGUCAUUUAUGGAUUUAUACGAGUUACUGAGAGGAUACGAGUUUAGUUUUGGACUAUACACUGUCAAUUUCAGCGACCCUUAUCGCAAGAGGUCUCCUAAACUCUCUGCUUAUUUGUACACAUCUUUUCUCAAGGGAAACACCAUUUUUCUUGGUUCCCAAGCUACCAUGCAAUUGCAGAGUAACUUUUUUUCUUCAAUUUCGUCGUAGUAGUAAAUU